AUGUCGUUCACCGGUCCCUCGCCCCUGGCUCUUCCGCCGCCUUCUGCCGGGGUGCUCACGCCGCCAGGAGUGCGGGAGUAUCUCGAAGCCAUGAACGUCGAGAGCUCAGACAAGGUCGAGAUUGUAGCUGGUUAUCGCGAUCGAAACAACGCAGCGUUUCAUUACUUCGUUUCAACUGCGGCGAUCCUCGAGACUUGCACCGUUCUUCAACCAGAACUCCGCGUCGACGAGGAUGGCACCUAUGAGUACUCAAAACCCGAAGAACUCCUUGUCAAGCAGGACGGCACCUCGAUGUACUCAUUCUCUUUUCAGCCUUCACAGCUUGACGCCACUGCGAUAUUCGGAUUGUGGCUCGGUCUCCAUAACAGCUGUGAUGCCCUGGUCCAGACAGGGUUUGAUGACCUGAUUCGGUACAAGUUCAGUCAGAUUCCAGGCCUUGUCGUCAACUGCUGGAUGGUGGCGUCGACAAUGGGUUCGCAGCCAUUUAAAAACUACCUGACGAGCAUUGGAGUUGAAAUGUCCGACGAUGACUAUGAUGUCAUCAUGGGCCUGGUCAAUCGUCUCGUCCGGGCAGGAUAUCCCGGUUGCUCUGUCGUUGGCGCCCUGCUUGAGAAUCUGGCUUUUCUGAUCGUCAAACACGAGCUAGACCUCAAGACAUACCUUCACGACUGGAUGCAGCAUGGCGCACUGAUGAAGGAGAGUCCUUCUCUUCUCAUCAACUUCCUGCUCACAGUCGAAGAGUUGCAGGGCCUGAAGGACCGCGGAUUGCCUUACCAUCCCGUUGAUCGCCUCUGCUGGAAAUGGCACAUGCACAGGAGCAUGGAGGAGCGGAGAGCGUGUCCCAACUUCAAAGAGGACGAGGGACCCGUGCUGGACGCGAGUGACGAUGAAGAGCAACUCAACGUUCGUUUCACCGGACGUCCUGUCGAACAGGAAUUCCAUGAAGGCUGGGCCCAAAGGCGAAUGGAUCGUGCUCGAGAAAUUUGA